AUGGAUCAAAUGGUGUCCAGAAGUAUGAAGACUGUCUCAACGACAGUAUUCGGUCUCUGUGCAUUGAUGGCGGCAAGGUGCAACCCUCUCACCUCCUCCCUCUUCGACACGAUCCACCAUGAGCUCCACGAAGUGCUCGACAACCUCCCGAUAGAGGAGGGGAAGCAGGCUCAGCUGCACGACCGGAUCCGUCACCAAUUUGAUGUGAAAUUCUCGAAGGAAAUCGGCGAGGCGGGACUUCAGCCGAGCCAGGAGUUCUACAACACAAUUCACUACGGCGUCCACGACGUGAUCGACAACCUGGGACUCACCCAGGAGGAGCUCAUCCAGGUGCACAAGGGGAUUCACAAGGUUUUCGCCGACACGUUCGUCGAAGGCGGUUGCUACUCCCAAUAUGCGCAGAAUCAUACGGGGUGUCUCCCGGAGGAUUCCGAGUGCCCGAAGGUGGCCCGGGGGUUAAAUUGGGAUGACGAAUUAACCUUCAUUGCCCAGAAAUGGGCAGAUCGAUGUCGCUCCGAUAACGACUGCAACCAAUGCAGACGAGUUGCGAGGUUCUUGGUGGGUCAGAACCUGUUCUUCAGCAAGAGUAUGUUCCAGGAGGAUCCUAGCGCUGAUUGGCAAUUCCCACUGUCCUCAUGGUCCAGCACGGGACAGCGAUUCCCGUUGAAGCACUUGCCUUCCUACAAGGCGGGGAGCGAAUGGAGUACAUACACUCAGAUGGUAUGGGGAAAGUCCUACAAAGUUGGCUGCGGUUUUGCCUCUUUCCGAGAGGGCAGCGGCUUCCGAAAGUUCUACGUCUGCAACUACGGCCCCGCAGGGAACCUGAUAGGGCAACGGGUUUACAGUACUGGAUCCCCCUGCUCCAGCUGCCCCAGGGGUCAUGUGUGCAACGGAAUGGGUCUGUGCAGCUAUCACUGA